AUGUACAAUUUAAAAUUAAUUUUUUGCAUUUUCUUAUUUUUUCUAAUUUUUGUUAACUUUUCAAUUGAAAAAAAGUGUAAAUGCCUUUUAAAACAAACAAAAAAUCCUUUGUUUCAUCGUCGAUUUAAAAGAGGAGGAAAAUGUAGUUGUUUUGGAGGAGAGGGAGCUACAGAUGAUGAUUAUGAAGGAUAUACUCGCCGUCCUGGGAAAGAACCUAUGAGGGAAGAAAUUGAAGUUGAAGAAAUUCAAAGAAAGAGCAAAAAUGGCAGUAAAAGUGUUUUGUACAUUUGCGACAAUUUUUUCUUCUCCCAUGUGCAAUUUAAUGUAAAUUUUUUAAGUUUAAAUUAA